CGGAGACACCACGCAGCAGGCAGAGGACGAAGCCCGGCAGCCCCAGCGCCGGCCGAGCAGCAGGGACCUCCCGCCUCUAGCCGGCGCUGUGCGGCUGCAAGGCCCGGCCUGCCGCGUCCCGGGGCUCGCUGCUGCACCAGCCAGGCGCCCGGGCCCCUGCGGCGAGUCCAGCCCGCGCCUCCCCGACCCGCUCCCCUGAGCCCGGCCAUGCUGGCGGCGCGGCUGCUGCGGGCGGCCCCGAGCGGGCUCGCCUCCCUCCACAGCUCCGCCCGCCGCCUGCGCGGAGCCCGCGUGGCCGUGGUCUUGUCUGGAUGUGGUGUGUAUGAUGGUACGGAAAUCCAUGAGGCCUCAGCCAUUUUGGUUCACCUGAGUCGUGGGGGAGCUGAAGUUCAGAUGUAUGCCCCAGAUAUUCCUCAGAUGCAUGUUAUUGACCACAGCAAAGGACAACCAGCUGAGGCUGAAUCAAGAAACGUUUUAGUGGAAUCAGCAAGGAUUGCUCGUGGUAAAAUCGCAGACCUGGCUAAACUUAGUACAAAGGACCAUGAUGCUGUGAUAUUUCCUGGUGGAUUCGGAGCUGCUAAAAACCUUUCCACCUUUGCUGUGGAUGGGAAGGAUUGCAAAGUGAAUGGAGAGGUUGAACGUGUCCUGAAGGAGUUCCACAAAGCUGGGAAACCCAUUGGCCUGUGCUGCAUUUCACCAGUGUUGGCUGCAAAAGUACUCUCUGGUGCUGAAGUUACUGUGGGACAUGAAGAAGAGGAAGGUGGGAAAUGGCCGUAUGCCGGAACUGCAGGAGCCAUUAAAGCAUUGGGAGGAAAACACUGUGUAAAAGAAGUAACUGAAGCUCAUGUAGACGUGAACAACAAGAUGGUUACUACCCCAGCAUUUAUGUGUGAAACGGAAUUACAUCACAUCUUUGAUGGUAUUGGGGCCAUGGUAAAGGGUGUCCUGAAAUUAACAGGCAAAUGAAGUGGCUAUCUGUAAUAAUAAUAGUAAGGUUUAGGAAAUUAAGCGUACAAUACCAGAAAUAUCAUGCAUCGAUGGAAACAUAUUUUCCCUGCUUGCCCCUUUAGCACUUUUAUAAACCCAGACACAAAGUUGACAGUCUGAUUCCCAGCUGUGUUCAGAUAUUGCAAAAAUGUUUGCUAUAUAAAUGCAUUGAUUUCCAAGCACAUCCUCACUAAAGCGUCUGCUGACUGGCUCUUUGAGUAAAGGUAAUGCAUCCUGUAACCUUAAUAAUUUUUUGGACUUGGACAGUUGGUGAGGGUUGUGUGAGAAUGUUCUGAGACCAGCCAGCAUACUAUUCCAACAACAAAAAACCCUCCAUUCCUUCGAAAAAUACUAGGGACACACAUGUAGAGUAGAUACAGCUGCUGUAGGACUGACUGCCAUUCAGAGGUGGGGAGUGACGUUACUGCUGACUGCUGUUCGUUCUGAGGAAAGCUAUGUUAAAAUGCAUCCCUGGCUAGUCUAGCUGCCUUCCAUUGAAACAGCUAUUGUAUUGAGUUCUCCGGGUGUGUCAGCCUGAACUUUGGCAUUGAGAGAUUGCUGGGAUCCGGGGACAGAGAAAUUUAAGAGAACUGAACCAUAGGGACACACUUACCCGUGUGUUUCAAGCAAGGCUGCAAUGAUUUGCUGCGUAUGCAGUCAUUUCUUACGUCCAUGAGGUAAAAGUCAGGAUCAGCUUUGAUGUAGCCAAUGGAAACAGUCAUUUCUAUGCCCCAUGGUUAACUCAACAUUAAUUAAAACAUUGUGUUGCAUGGCCCUCCUUUCCAUAUUCUUUUCAUGGCUUUUUUUCUGUUUUAAAAGGUGUGCUUUAUCCAAAUAUGAAUACAUCUGUGUGUCAGCAGCAGGACACACCUUAUUGUAAAUGCCCUAGCAUUUUGAAGAAUCUCUCCUAAUUUAACUGCACAAUAAGCCUUUUAUAUCUAAAAGAGGGCUUGAAACAAGGAAAAAGUAUCAGCGACAGUGCCUUGUACAUUUUGAAGAUAUCUUCCACAUGAACGUAGUUACUUGCCUAGCAAUGGGCAGCAGGCUGACUCCAGUGCUAUUACCACCUUCCCCUUUCCGGACUAACAGCGCUCCUUCCAUAGAAAUACAAUCAAAUGUAAGAAGAAUGAGGUAUAAAUUAAUUAAAUGUUGUCCAGUUAUUUUCUUUUCCCUUUUCCCUGCAUCUCUCUUUUAAUCAUAGAAUAUUUGCAUUUGAAGGAGCCUUUAGUGAUUCAUAGAGUCCAACAACCUUCAGCAUUUCCAUCUCUUUCCUAAAUGUUGUCUAUUCACUUAUUUUUAUUUCUCUUCCUGCCUCAUUAACUUUUUUCUUUAUAGGCCGGCAUAGCAUUCUGUUCCUUGUAUUCUCUUUCAGCUCCAAGUUGUCUGUCUUUCUCUCUAUUCACAGAAAAAUAAUGUCGACAUAACAGAGCUUUGUGCCCCAUGGGCACCAGCUUUUCACAUACAAGUACCAUGUUCCAAAUACAUUUGCCCUGUGUUUUUUAAUCAACAGGAAUUUUAAGACAUGUACAUGAAGUUGUUUUUCAAGAGUCCCAAUUCUUUUGUUCCUAUUAUGAUGAUGAUGAUCUUAAAAGGUUACAACGUGGAUUUUGAGGAUGUUUUUGCCAGCACAUAGUCUGCUAAUUUGUUUACUCUGUGAUGUAAUGAUAUGAAUAUACAUUGUUCUGCUUAUUGGUACUUUUAUUAUCCAGACUUUAGGCCUGCUGUCACUGUUAAGAAAACUAAACUAAUUUUGAUGUGGCUACAGAAAUUUUCUGUGUGUGGUGUUAAUACUACAGUAAAACACUGUACAUAAAGUUAACAAAAAUGUCAUGUAUGAGAGAUGUUCCAGGGAAUAUAUAUAUCACAGUGGGUGUUUCAGUUAAAGGUGGUUCUUGUCAAUUUUAAACUAAUGAGCUUCAUUUAGAUUCUGAUGUGGUCUGAUUGCGUGAUAUCGCAUUGAGGUAUCAUAAAUACUAUCUAUGCCCUUGACUGGAAAGCAGUGGGGAUUUAAGAAGAUGCUUUUCCUUUGUAAAAAAGAUGGUUCCAUUUGAAAAAUGGUUUAAUCAAUGCUCAUGUGAAAAGAAAAGUACUCUUAUGGAAGAGAUUUUUUCUCUAUUAGAGCAUUUUUUUAAAAAUACAAAACAUUUUUGUCUAGUACAUGUCCAGCGUGAGCUGAGGUUUUGAAAUUGCACUACAAGCAUAUGCACUUCACGUUGAUCACCUUAAUAGUCAAAACUGUGAGCUUCAAUAGUAUCCUCCCUUGUGGAGAUUCUCAGGAAGCUAAAAACAAGAGCUACAUACAAAUUAUAUUAAGUUUUGUUUGGGUGGAGGUUAGUAAACUUCAUGUUGCUCAUGAUUUGUUACAAGGCUGGGUUUAUGUGUGCAGAACUUGUCAGCUAUCAGAGGAGCAAGAAUAGAAGUGUAAGACAUUGUUUUCAUGUAGCUGACUACAAAUAAAGGCUGCUUCCAUAUG